AUGGAUGGUCUCUUCCGCUUAAAAGCCGGCCACCUCACGCUCACGCUGCUUCCCAAUCAAAUCCCAUCUCACCGGACCACCACAGCUUGUCAUUUCUCAAGAGCACCUCUUACAUCUUUGUUCGCUGCUAACUCUAACUGUCAUCAUGUGGAAGACACAGUUCCCGGGAGGAAGGCCCAAAAUCAGAAUUGGGUGAUGAGGGUUCUGCAAAUGAGGUCUUUAUGGAAACCAGAAACCAAGAAUCACACACUUGAACAAGGGGAUGAGAAGGUCCGUGUGGAGAAUGAAAAGGAUCAUGACAUAAUUACUGAUCAAGACUCAUGUGAUGCUGAUGCAUGCAGGGUAGACGACCAGGAUCAUAUACUCGAAUUCGAUAAGAAUUCGUUCUCAAAAUUGCUUUCUACAGUUCCUUUGCCUGAAGCAAGGUUGUAUGCUAAGAUGGCUUAUUUGGGUAGCUUAUCUUACACCAUACCAAAAAUAAAGCUUGGGAAUCUCUUGAAACGUCAUAGACUCCGUUUCAUUACAUCUUCGCUAGAAAAGAAGACCGAGCUGGCUGCCAAACCCAAGAAAGAACAACAAGGACAUCAAGGCAGCACCAAAAGGAAAGAAGCACAGACCUUCAAGUCCCAGAAAGAAAUGGAGGCUGAAAACCAAGAGAAGAAUACUGAUGGAAUAACUCCUUAUUCUACAGCUUAUCAAAUUGCUGCCUCUUAUCUGCAUUCUCAUACAAAGAGCCUUCUUAAGUCCUCAAAGACCAAUACGAGUGAUAAUUUAUCACAAGUAGGAGAAAGUGAAGUUGCUGAGGAUGUUAGUAUGUUGCAUGCAAAUGCUGAUCCUGUUGUGGUUGCUGCCAAGGAUGAAGUGAAACAGUCGUCUGUUGCAGAUAAUGAUUUGAACUCAACAUGUUCAUCACCUUGUGAAUGGUUCAUUUGUGAUGACAAUGAAAACAGUACAAGAUACUUUGUCAUUCAGGGCUCGGAAUCGCUUGCAUCAUGGCAAGCCAAUCUACUUUUUGAGCCUAUUCAGUUUGAGGCACAGGUGGAUGUAAUUGUACAUAGAGGUAUAUACGAGGUGGCAAAGGUGGUUUAUGAACAGAUGUUGCCUCGAGUCCAUGAACAUCUUCAACGCCAUGAGAAUGGUACUGCAACGGUCCGUUUAACUGGUCAUUCUCUUGGAGGAAGCUUAUCUUUGCUUAUAAACCUCAUGUUAUUGAUAAGACGACAGGUUCCUGAUCCUUCAUGUUUACUACCUGUUAUUACAUUUGGUGCACCAUGGGUUAUGUGUGGUGGAGAUCACCUGCUUCAUAAGCUUGGAUUACCAACAAAUCAUCUCCAGGGAAUCACAACCCAUCGUGACAUCGUACCCAGAGCCUUCUCUUGCAACUUUCCCACUCGAGUAGCUGACCUUCUCAAGGCCGUAAAUGGGAACUUUCGAAAUCACCCAUGCCUCAACAACCAGAAUGUGUUGUAUGCUCCAAUGGGGGAGUUAUUGAUUCUGCAGCCGGAUGCAAAAGUUUCUCCAAGCCAUGAGCUUCUUCCUUCAGGCAGUGGUUUGUAUGUUUUGAAGUGUGAGGCAUCGGAGAAGCAAACCAGAGCUGCACAGUUGGUUUUCUUAAACACACCACACCCAUUAGACAUGAUUCUUAGCGAGCCUUCAGCGGCGUAUGGUUCAAUUCUGCGUGAUCACGACGUGGAAACCUACCUGAAGUCGAUUCGGAGCGUCAUCCGUCAACAAUUGAUUAGAAGAAUGAGGCAGCGGCGGAGGCGGAGGAGGAGGCGGCUCGAGGGGGUGAUGGCAAAACUUGGGGAUGUGAUGAUGAGGUGGGUGAAGGAAAGUGAAGUGAAGAAGGUGUUAAGGGUAUUGGAUGAUGGUUUGAAACAGAUGCAUUUGCUUGUGGUAAUGUUGGUCCCUGCCACAUUGUUGAUAAUGGAGACAUGCACCAAGUUGGUUAAUUGGAGUUAG